AUGGCAAACCGUUUUCUGGCUAGUGAUAAUGUUUCCGUUUUUCUCCAGGCUCCGGAUGGAGAAUCUCAGCCCAGCGUCCCGGUUGAACUCUUUGUUUCUACUGAAUGUGUCCUCGUCUUGAACAAAGAUCUCGAUGAGAUUGUGAUGGAUCACGAUCUGCGCACAAUUUCCUACAUCGCCGAUGUGGGUAGUAUUCUGGUUCUCAUGGUGCGCCGUCCCCACCCUGCAGUUCCUCCCAAAAACGCGGCUGCUGCUGCUAACAAUACUGACAACUCUCCCACUCCCUCCACUUCCACAGCCACUCCUUCCGAUGAAUCCCCAGAUGCAGAUCGACCUCUUCCUCCAGCCAAAAUUGUCUGCCAUCUCUUUGAGAGUGAUGAGACCCAAAUGAUUACCCAAGCCAUCGGGAAAGCUUUCCAAGAAGCUUAUUUCGAAUUCCUGCGACAAAAUGGCGUAGAAGAUCCGGAAGCUUUCCAGGAACGCAACUUCCAAAAUAUGAUGCACCAACAGGAAAUCUUUCGAAACGAGCUCGCCUUCUUCUCGGACAAGGACCAGGAAAAAGAGGUGAUAAUUCCAAAGUCAAAGGGAGAGGCCCUCGGCGUUGUUAUUGUGGAGUCCGGCUGGGGUAGUGUCCUGCCUACCGCUGUCCUAGCCAACAUGCAUCCUUCGGGACCCGCUGCACGCUGUGGACAACUCAAUAUUGGCAAUCGAAUCAUCUCCAUUAAUGGUCAGAGUCUCGUUGGUCUUCCUCUUUCCACUUGCCAAUCCUACUUCAAGGCCACUAAGAAUCAAACAGCCGUGAAGCUAGUAAUAGUCAACUGCUCUCCAGUGGUGGAGGUCCUCAUUCGUCGACCAGAUCAAAAGUUCCAACUUGGCUUCAGUGUCCAGGAUGGUGUAAUUUGCAGCCUUCUUCGCGGUGGCAUUGCAGAACGAGGUGGCAUUCGAGUGGAUCAUCGUAUCAUUGAAAUUAAUGGUGAAUCAGUGGUUGCAGUUCCUCACGAAUAUAUUGUCAAUCUCCUUGCCACAGCAGUUGGUGAAAUCUAUAUUCGUACAAUGCCCACUUCAAUCUUCCGAUUGCUAACCGGUCAGGAGACUCCGCAUUACAUCUAA